AAGAGCCCCAGGAGGACAAACUGGACGCACCACAAAGUGCUGACACCGGCCUGCACUACGACCGCUACCUCAGGGAAGUCAUCGAGUACCUGGAGAAAGAUCCCCAUUUUAGAGAGAAGCUGAAAAACGCCAACAUGGAUGACAUCAAGCAAGGCAAACUGGCCAAAGAGCUGGACUUUGUCCAUCACAACUUUCGAACUAAGCUGGACGAGUUGAAGAGGGAGGAGAUGAACCGGCUGAGGGUGCUCAUCAAAGCCAAACUUGAUCUCCAGAAUGAAAAGGGUCAUAUCAUUGACCACCAGGCCCUGCUGAAACAGUUUGAGCACCUCAACCACGUGAACCCGCACACUUUUGAAGUGGAGGACCUGGACCGCCUUAUCCAAUCGGGCAGUCAAGACCAGCUGAAGGAGGUGUGGCAGGAAUCAGAUGGUUUGGACCCUGAGGACUUUAACCCCAAAACCUUUUUUAAAAUGCACGACAGCAACGGAGACGGCUUCCUCGACGAAAGUGAGCUCGAAGCACUUUUCACUAAAGAGCUUGAGAAAGUGUACGACCCUAAAAAUGAAGAGGACGACAUGGUUGAGAUGGAGGAGGAGAGGCUGAGGAUGAGGGAGCACGUUUUGAAAGAGGUGGACACCAACAAAGACAGACUGUUGUCACUGAGUGAGUUCCUAGCUGCGACCAAGAGGGAGGAGUUCCAUGAAAAAAAUGAAUGGGAGACUUUAGAUCAAAACCCGUUUUACAGCGAGGAGGAGAUGAGGAAUUAUGAGCAGCAACUGGCCAACGAGGAGAAAGACAUCAACCACAGGUCGACUGAGCUGCAGAGACAGAGGGAGGAACUGGAGAAAAAACAGCAGGAACUAAACGCUCAGAGGGUGGAGCUAAAGCAGGCAAUGGAUGAAAUGGAAAAAUUCAAAGCACAAAGCCCCAAAACUGAAGUAAAACAUCCAGGAGAACACACAACAGAAGGCCAGCAGACCUCUGUCGUACCAGGGAACAGCCAACCUCUACCUCCUGAUCACCAGCAGCACCAUGUACCAGUGCCAGGACACUCUUAGGCCUGCCACUGUGCUUUAUGAGUGAAGUGUGUCUGUUAGUGUUUUCCAAAUCUAAAUUAUUUGUUACUGUUUAGGGUUUUCAAACCAUCUCCCAACCAAAAAAAGAAGCUCAAAUAUAAAAAGCACAUCAGAGACACUGACUGUCACGGUUAUGAAGUUUGGGAUGUUGUGCCAGUACCAAUGAUGUUGGUCCUCUUAUCGGCCCAAUGAGCCAGAGCUGAAAUGUGGAGCUGCUCUAGUUUUCUUUGUGUGCAAUCAGUGCUUUUGUUUGGGGUUGUGUUCAGACUUUUAUCACAAUAAGGACUCUGUUCUCUGUGGGAAUUUCUCUGGGGUGAAAUGGAAAGGCUGGUGGCCUGAAAACAGAAUGCCUUGUUUUCUGCACACUGUUUUUGUUGCGAUGAUACUGUCUCCUACAGGAAAUGAUUACUUUUUAUUCUAAAGAGAAACUUUUGGGGGUUGAAAUGAUCCUGCUGACACAAAGUUGUAUAUUCUGUAUUUGCAUUCCCUCAAAAUCAGCUCAUUUAGUUGUUGCACCAAAAAGUUAAAGACCAAAUGAUGUUACUAUAGGAUAUAGUUAGAUUUAGGCAUUUAUUUUACAGUUUAAGUGAGUGUGUAUGGGAAUGUGUGUUAAUACUCAGUUUGUAUGUGUGUGGUCAUAUUCAUUAUAUUUAAAGUAUUUACUUAUUCUUUAAAUUAACUGGAAAUUCAACAACAGUUUUGUUACAGUCCCAUCAGAUAAAUGAAGAAAGUCAUACAGGGUUAUUUCUUAAAGGUGUUUAUUUAAUUAGAUUUUAUUACAAUAGGUCUCUUGUAAAAGCAACUUUUAUUUUUUAACCCAAGCAGCAGUAAAGGUUUUGAUUUAUUAUUUUUCCAUUGAAAAUCUGCUAAAUUCCUCCCAACAUCUCGUACAAUGAGUUCAUAAAUUGUUGUGAUGAUUCAACUGUUGCUAAUAAAAUGAAUGAACUUGCAAGUGUAA